AUGUCUACACUAUACAAAAACGACGGCUCAGGAAGGCUUCACGGCCGUGUGGCAAUCGUCACCGGCUCGUCAUCUGGCAUGGGCCGAGCCAUUGCCCUUGCUCUAGCCCAAGAGGGCGCGUCCGUGGUGUGCUCCGAUCUCCGACCAGAAGCAUCCGCGAAAGGGUUCGAGCCCGACAAGCACAUCCCUACACACGAGGUCAUCAUUCAGAAUGGCGGGCGGAGUGUUUUCCAGAAAUGCGACAUGGGCAAGACCGACGAGGUCAUUGCCCUCGUGAACUUUGCUGUUGAGCAAUACGGAAAGCUCAACAUCCUCGUCAACAACGCCGGCCUCUGGCUACCGCUGCGAGAAUUCGUCAAAGAGACAGAGGAAAUGUGGGACGCGAUGCUGAGCAUCAACAGUAAGGGUCCCGCGACAGCAAUGAGACAGGCCAUCAAGCAAUUCCUCAAACAACCCGUUGACGAGUCUGGCUCUCGCGGGCGCAUCGUCAAUAUCUCCUCAUCGGCGGGUAUCACGGCCAUCGGAGGCGAAGCAACCUAUGCGGCUAGUAAAGCCGCCUUGUCGAUGCUGACGCGCAACGUGGCGCUUGAUCACGCGAAGGACUACAUCAACGUCAAUGCUGUGUGCCCUGGCGUCGUGAGAACAGCCUUAUCUAGCACCAACUUCAACGACCCGAAGAUCAUUGCGGAAAUGAGAAAGAGCACACCGUGGCCGCGGCUGGGAGAGCCGUCGGACAUUGCUAAAGUGGUCGUUUUUCUGUGUUCGGAUGACGCGCAGUGGGUGACAGGAGUGAACAUCGCGGUUGAUGGUGGCUUUACGGUGGGCAUCCCAUUAUAG